CUGGUAUACGAGUAGGUAUAUAAGCCCGACUGCCAGCCGUUAGAACUUUACAUUCAGUCAAAACGUUCAGUGACUUCAACGCGCUCAACGACCCAAAAAAAUCUUAUUUAUUCGCCAUGGCAUUCCAAACCGUCGCCGUCUUCGCCUGCGUGCUCGCCGCCGCACUCGCCGCCCCAGCCUACCCGACACCAGCUGCUUACCCAGCACCGGCCGCCGCCUACCCAGCACCCGCUGCAUACCCAGCACCAGCUUACUCCGCACCCAAGUCUUACGCCCCAGAACCCGCCUACGCCCCAGCCCCGUACAACUUCGAAUACAGCGUGCACGACGAUGCCACAUACGACAUCAAAAGCCAGUCCGAAUACAGCGACGGCAACGGUUACGUCAAGGGAUCCUACAGCCUGGUCGAGCCCGAUGGCACCAAGAGAAUCGUCGAAUACACCGCUGACGACUACAACGGUUUCGUCGCCGAAGUGAAGAAAGAAGGCACACCGUCUUACAGCUCCGCCCCGGCCUACAAGCCAGCGUACAAGGCCCCAGCCUACCCAGCGGCCCCAGCCUACCCAUCGGCCCCGGCUUACCCAGCAGCUGCCCCAGCCUACAAGCCAGCUUACUCCGCCCCGGCUUACUCCGCACCAGCCUACUCUGCACCAGCUUACUCCGCACCAGCUUACUCCGCACCAGCUCCAGCUUACGGAUACUCCACCCCCGCCCCAGCUUACGGAUACUCCACCGCCGCCCCGGCUUACGGACACGCCGCUCCAGCAUACAAACAAUCUUAUGCCGCCCCAGCAUACAACGCCGCCCCAGCCUACCCGACACCAGCUGCUUACCCAGCACCGGCCGCCGCCUACCCAGCACCCGCUGCAUACCCAGCACCAGCUUACUCCGCACCCAAGUCUUACGCCCCAGAACCCGCCUACGCCCCAGCCCCGUACAACUUCGAAUACAGCGUGCACGACGAUGCCACAUACGACAUCAAAAGCCAGUCCGAAUACAGCGACGGCAACGGUUACGUCAAGGGAUCCUACAGCCUGGUCGAGCCCGAUGGCACCAAGAGAAUCGUCGAAUACACCGCUGACGACUACAACGGUUUCGUCGCCGAAGUGAAGAAAGAAGGCACACCGUCUUACAGCUCCGCCCCGGCCUACAAGCCAGCGUACAAGGCCCCAGCCUACCCAGCGGCCCCAGCCUACCCAUCGGCCCCGGCUUACCCAGCAGCUGCCCCAGCCUACAAGCCAGCUUACUCCGCCCCAGCUUACUCUGCACCGGCUUACUCUGCACCAGCUUACUCCGCACCAGCUUACUCCGCACCAGCUCCAGCUUACGGAUACUCCACCCCCGCCCCAGCUUACGGAUACUCCACCGCCGCCCCGGCUUACGGACACGCCGCUCCAGCAUACAAACAAUCUUAUGCCGCCCCAGCAUACAAACAAUACUAAUUUAUAAUAAAUUCUAGAAACAAAUAAUUUAUUAUAUUAUUAUGUAAAUAAAAUAUCGAAUUGCCAAUACAAA